UUUAUUCUCUCACAGGUCUGGAAGCAAGAAGUCAAAUAUCAAGAUCUUUUCACAGAUGCUGCUGAGACUGAAAAAAUGGCCAGAAGUUUGGAAGAUUCUGAAGGGGUUUAUUUUGUUCCGUGUUUUAGUGGUUUGCAGGCUCCAUUAAAUGACCCCUGUGCAUGUGCCUCUUUUAUGGGUUUGAAGCCUUCCACUAGUAAAUACCAUCUUGUACGAGCAAUAUUGGAGUCCAUAGCUUUCAGAAACAAGCAGUUAUAUGAGGUGAUGCAGAAAGAGAUACGUAUUCCCGUGACAAAAAUCCGGGCAGAUGGAGGAGUUUGUAAGAACAGUUUUGUCAUGCAGAUGACUUCAGACCUGAUUAAUGAGAAGAUAGACAGACCUGUUCAACUGGAUAUGUCGUGCCUUGGUGCAGCUUCUCUAGCUGGCCUUGCUGUUGGGUUUUGGACUGACAAGGAGGAACUAAAGAAACUGAGACAAAGUGAAAUGGUUUUCAAGCCACAGAAGAAAUGGCAGGAAUAUGAAAUGAGUAUGGAAAACUGGGUGAAGGCAGUGAAACGCUCCAUGAAUUGGUAUAACAAGACAUAGCACCAAACAGAAUGGCUGAAACCGCAGAUGGCUGCAUGUGACAUGCACAUGAGAUGAGCUCAGGAACACCAAUACAAUGGGGACUGAGAGGAGACUUAAAAUGAUCUUCACAACUGAAGAAAAAAAACACUGAUUUUUUUAAAACGACAAUAAACAAAAUUUUUAAACCUC